AUGUCUGAAUCAAAUACCUCUUCAACUGUUAAAGAGAAAUUGAAUUUCAAUGUUGAGAGCGUAGAACAAGGUGAUACUCCAUCACUGGCAGUAUAUUCAACAAUACAAAAUCAAGGAUCCAAGGAGUGGCUCUUAGCAAGUGAUAUUCCAGAACGUCCUAAAUAUAGUAAACUCGCUGUACUCUUCUUAGCCUAUCAAUCCGUCGGUGUGAUUUAUGGCGACAUUGGCACAAGUCCAUUGUAUGUUUACAGCUCAACCUUUUCUUCUACACCGGAAAGGGCCGAUCUUCUUGGUGCACUUUCCAUGAUUAUCUGGACUCUGACACUGGUUGUCACUGUCAAAUAUGUUGGUUUCGUCUUGAGAGCCGAUGAUAACGGUGAAGGAGGAACAUUUGCUUUAUUCACUCUUUUAUCUCGCUAUGCUAAUAUCAGUUGGAAGAACCCUCAAAGUGCAGUCAACCUGGGUAUGCAAAGAUACCAUACAGAAGAUAUGCGAUACUUUUCUCGCGGUUUCCGUGCAAAGUUGGAGCAGUCUAAUUUCUUGCGACACCUAAUUUCUGUUCUGUCUAUUGUUGGUGUAAGCAUGGUAAUGGCUGACGGUGUACUGACUCCCGCACAAUCUGUCCUCGGUGCCAUCCAAGGAUUGAAUCUUAAAGUGCCCGACAUCUCCCAGUCUGCCAUCACAGGUAUCUCCGAAGUCAUCCUUAUCAUUCUGUUCUGCAUUCAACCGUUUGGAACCACCAAGAUUGCCUCUUCGUUCGCUCCUAUUGUCAUAAUAUGGCUGCUAUUCAACUUCAGCGUUGGUCUGUACAAUAUUAUCACCCAGGACUACACCGUUCUGUCUGCAUUCUCACCCUACUGGAUUUACGCAUGGUUUGCUCGUAAUGGUAGCGACGGUUGGGUCAAGAUGGGAGGUAUCCUCUUAGCUUUCACUGGUGUUGAAGCUCUGUUUGCCGAUCUCGGUCACUUUAGUCGCGCGGCUGUACAACUUUCCUGGACCUUUUUGGCAUACCCUUGUCUUCUUAUUGCUUACAUUGGACAGGCGGCUUACAUCUCCAAUGAUGCUACCGGUACUGCUUGGAGCAACCCAUUCUUUGCGACUGUCCCUCCCUCAUCUUUCUGGUUCGCUUUUAUCAUUGCCAUCCUGGCCGCCAUUGUUGCUUCUCAAGCUAUGAUUUCUGGUUGCUUCUCGAUCUUGCGUCAAGCUAUGUCACUUAGCAACUUUCCUCAGCUCAAGGUCAUGCAUACAUCUGAAAGAUUCCACGGCCAGAUCUAUAUUCCAACUGCAAAUUGGCUUUUAAUGAUCGGAACCGUUAUCAUUACUGCUGCCUUCCCCAAUACAACAGUUUUAGGAAAUGCUUAUGGUGCUUGCGUUACCUUCGUUACCCUGAUUACAACUACCCUUGUCACCAUUGUGAGCAUUAUUGUCUGGAAAUGGAAUAUCAUCUUCUCUAUCCUGUUCUUCUUGUUCUUCGCUUUCAUUGAUGCUGCCUACCUAUCAGCGACAUUGUUGAAAGUUCCUCAAGGCGCUUGGACUACUAUUGUUAUUGCUGCCGUCAUCGCUAUGUUCAUGAUUAUCUGGCACACCGGAAAGCUGGAACAAUGGAAAUAUGAAGAGCCUAGAGCAAAGGACUUGCCUGGUCUCAUCAAAGCAGACGUCAUCCGCCAUAACGACGGUAACGAGUCCGUUGUUUUAUCUCUUGCAAAGACUGGAGAACGCUUGGAGGUCUUGAAAGGAUUAUCGGUUAUCUUUGAUUCAGCGGGCUUUGGUAUCCCUCCCGUGUACUCUCAUUUUACAGACGCCUUUGCCGCGUCUCCGGAUAUUGCAAUCUUCCUUCAUAUCAGAAAUCUGCCGCAGCCAACCGUGCCCGACGGCGAGAGAAUGGUUGUAUUCCGACUUGAGGUACCUAACAUGUAUCGUGUGAUCAUCCGCCGUGGAUACAAGGACGUGCUUCAAGGCGAUGACAAGAACGGCCCUAGCGAUAUGGUAGUAAACCGUAUUUGCGAGUUGUUGGAACAAGAAGGCUGUACAGCUGAAAGAGACGCCAUUAAUAUUGCCAAAGAGAAUCGGGUCACUUACCUCAUGAGCACUAUUGAAUAUGCUGGAGCACCAACUUCCAAUUUUGCAAAACGCUCCUUACUGCAGGUUUUCAAUUCUGUGCGCAAAAAUACCCGAGGAGUUCGUCGCCAUGAAUUUGGUGUACCUAACGACAAGCUCGUUGAAGUCGGUAUGCGCUAUGAUAUCUAA